AUGCCCAGGUUGGAGAGCUGCGCCUGGAGCUGUUCCUGCGCGGCCAGAGGAAGGCACGGGAGCCAGCUGGGGGACACGGCGGCGGAGCUGGCCGCCAAGGUGGGCGAGAUGCUGAGCUCCUCCGUGUCGAGCCCCUCGCUGGCUCUGGUGGGUCGCGGAGCUCGCAGCCCCAGCGCCUCCAGCGCCAGCAGCACCACCAGCAGCAGCACCAGCAGCACCUUGAACUGGAGUCAGCACCUGGUGCAGAGGAGCGUGGUGCUCUUCGUCGUGGGUGCUUUCAUGGCCCUGGUGCUGAACUUGCUGCAGAUCCAGCGGAAUGUGACUUUGUUCCCUGAGGAAGUGAUUUCUACUCUCUUCUCCUCCGCCUGGUGGGUGCCCCCGUGCUGCGGAACAGCAGCAGCUGUGGUUGGCCUGCUGUACCCCUGCAUCGACAGCCACCUCGGGGAGCCCCACAAGUUCAAGCGGGAGUGGGCCAGCGUCAUGCGCUGCAUCGCGGUCUUCGUGGGCAUCAACCACGCCAGUGCUAAACUAGACUUUGCAAACAACGUCCAGCUGUCCCUGACUCUGGCAGCCUUAUCACUGGGGCUUUGGUGGACAUUUGAUCGUUCAAGAAGUGGUCUCGGGCUUGGAAUAACAAUAGCCUUUGUAGCAACACUGAUAACCCAGUUUCUCGUAUAUAAUGGUGUUUAUCAGUAUACAUCCCCAGAUUUCCUUUACAUCCGUUCUUGGCUUCCGUGUAUAUUUUUCUCAGGAGGUGUGACUGUAGGAAACAUAGGACGCCAGCUGGCCAUGGGUAUUCCAGAGAAACCACACAAUGACUAAGCCUUUGAAGAACACCCGGUGCCAGUGUGAAAGCAACAUUAUGAAGAUGUGUUUCUUUUUAAAACUGAAGAUUAUUUAGAAGAAAUAAUCUCUUUAUGGGCUCACUGCACAAAUGACUUGUGGGGAAAAAAAAAUAUUAAUCCACUCUUAGAAUAGCCAAGUGAAAUUAACUGCUUAUCUUGAAAUCUUACCCCGAUUUACCACAUAAGCAUUUGCAUAUGGCUGUUCUCUGGAAGAGUUUAACACCAAGUGCAUACAACUGUUCAGGCUAAGUGGCAGUUUUCCAAGUAUUAGAUUCCACUGUAAGUUAUUGAAUCAGCUGCCGUGUUUUAAAGCCUUGAAACUGAAAUUUAAUUACAAGCUCUUGUAUCAGUGCCCAAAGGAAGUAGAUCGAUGGUGCUUAACAAUGAUGAAGUAUGGUUUAAUAGGAAUAGUAUUUAUCCAAAUCUUUAAAAAAUAGGGUUAUUUAAAAAUAAGAGUGAUCAAAACAGAUUAAAGGCAUUGCACUAAUGCUUUUAGGAGUCUUAUGAAGGAAUCAUGCCCUUACUUGUAAUGCUGCAUUAAGUUUCUGUCUUUGAUGGUGGAGAGGGUUUGAGGGAUGAGAGGU